AUGGUCUAUGGGGGGAAACCUAGCACUGGAUGUCACCUGUGCCGCAAGCGGAAGAUCAAGUGUGAUGAAGGGCACCCCGAGUGCCGAAAUUGUGCUAUCUACGGCCGACCUUGCCCAGGUUACCGGCCUGAUCCGGUCUUUCGCCAUGAGAACAGGAAAGUCGAGCGUCAAGCGAAGAAGGACACGCUCCAUUCCAAUAAUAGUAGCCAAGGGGGGCAAUCACUCUCAAAAUCUCCUGAAAAUCUGGAUAGUCUUCGUGGAGACGCUUCAAGUACUAAAACCUCGCUGACGUUGAUUCCAAUUGCGGAUGCGACUUGGGAACAACGUGCAAUAUGUUAUUUCUUCGAUCAAUAUACAAUGCAGCCCCAAUUUGAAGAUGGGAUGGGCCAUUUGGACUUUCUUCCGUCUCUCUAUUCGCAGGUUAAUCAAGAAACAUCAACAUCUUCUUGUCUUCGGUGGGCGGUGGACGCGACGGCAUUUAUGACUCUUGCCAAUGUUUCACGUGCGCCUCAACUCAUAAUGAAGGCGCGUCGAGGCUAUGGAAAAGCUUUAAGCAGUCUGCGUGCUGCUUUGAAUUCACCAACCGAAGCUCUCAAGGACGAAACAUUUGCCUCCGUGGUAAUUUUGUCCGUCUUCGAGGAUGUUACUGGUGACCGCAAUGGGCUCUAUAGUUCUCACACUGCUGGAUUUGAGUUCCUCAUGAAACUUCGAGGCAAGAAUCAACUAGAUUAUCGGCACGGCCGUGAUAUGUUCAAUUUUGCCUAUACUCACACGUUUGUUGAGAUUCUCGCCUUAGGAGAUAGACCUCGAGUCGACGUGGACUGGAUUAUAGAGAAGUUGGAUGCCAACGACCCCAUUGAGCGGCUCCUGCUGGUAGCCUCGAAAAUGAGCCAACUUUUCUUAGCAAUGCAAGCAGCACCCAGUCCACCUGAUAUUGCCACCGUCAAAAGGUGGAUCGUCAUGGGCCAGGAGUGUGAUUUUGAGCUUUCACAAUGGACACUUCAUUUACCAGAAAGCUGGCUACCGUUAGUCAUUUACUCAUCGCAAGGAGAGGCCCUUCUUACAUAUCAACAAGCCUUCAGCUGUGUGAUCUGGAACUAUUACCGCGCUGCGCGUGUCAUGCUACAACAACUCCUCCUGAGUCUCAACCGAACCUACUCGACCGUUAUAAAAGGCAAAUCACCUGACGACAGCCUUAACACCAAGCCGGUACUUGAUGAGAGCUGCUUACGGGCAAUCAUUCAAGAAAUGACAAACGACGUCUGCAAGAGCAUGCCAUUUGUUAUGUCUGAUGUGGAUAGCCUUGGUCGACCGACAAAGCGAGGGGAACUUCAAAGAAAUAUUCGGGCCGCACAAGCCAAUGGCCUGCUUUGGCCGCUCUGGUACAUUGUAUCGUGUGGCAUGCCCUCACCAGAACAGGUUGAUCAAAUUAGGAUAGUGCUACAUCGAAUCGGAACAGAACAAGGCAUCAACCUUGCAUUGAUGCUGGCUCGCGAAACUGAACGGAUGCGCAAUGAUACCGAUUCCUUCAGAGCGCCUCUCCCUCAGAUCGGGUCUACAAGGGCUUAA